AUGGAUAAGAAACUUUUAGAGUCACCUACAAUUGAUUCCGCACCAGAUGCAGCCAUUGAACUUGCAGCCUUCGUUAAAGUUCCAGCCAUUGAGCCUCCAACUGUACUAAAGCAAAUAAUCGAUGAUUGGCAGUUAAUUAAGCAUCCAGAAGGAGGCUAUUUCAAAGAGACUGAUAGAUCUCCUUUUAUCAUGGAGGUAUCUGACAAAUCCAAUGUAGAUACUAUGGUAAAGAGGAAUUACUCGACGCUGAUUUACUAUCUGCUAACACCAGACUCACCAAUCGGAAAGAUCCAUAAGAACGUAAACCGUAUAACACAUAUUUUGCAACGUGGAAAGGGACAAUAUGUCUUGAUUUAUCCAGAUGGAAGAAUCAAAUCCUUUAAAGUUGGAUUUGAUUAUGCUGCCGGUGAAGUUUCCCAAUGGGUUGUCCCUGGGGGAGUUUAUAAGGCCAGUUUCUUAGUUCCAAAUGAAGAAUUCUCUAAUGGGUUAUUAAUCAGCGAAGUUGUUGUUCCUGGAUUUGACUUUGAAGAUCACAAGUUCAUGACCGGCGGCUAUGCUGAGAUGGUGGAACUUGUAGGUAAGGAUAACGCCUCAAAACUCAAGUUUCUUCUUUGA